UAAGCAACUCCCCGAAUCUUUCCCCUUCAUUGACAGUUUGGGAGGAAGCAGGCGAAACGUUGGUGCUUGAGGAUAGUAAAAGACAUGGACAAGCAGUGUAUUGCUUAACUUCAAAAGAGAGAGGAAAAUAAACAAACGAGCAGCUGUAUUUUUGAAUUAGUGGCAUCUCUCGGACCUUUCUUCUGUUGGGGCAAGGAUUGUCUGUAAAGAAAUAGACAUCGGGACAUUUGUAUUUUACUUCAUAUUAAAUAUUUAUUUAAGAAAAAACACGUACUAAAAAUGGGCUCAGAUGUACGAGAUUUGAAUGCUUUACUACCUUCAGUGUCCUCUCUUCCAGCCGGUAAUGGUAACUGCAAUUUGCCCGUUAGCAAUGCACCUCAAUGGGCUCCUGUGCUGGACUUUCACCCAGGUGCACCUUAUAGUUCAAUUGCCCCGCAUUCGUUUAUUAAACAGGAGCCCACCUGGAACUCCACAGACCAACAUGAAGACCACUGUGGCCUAAGUGCAUUUACAGUUCAUUUUUCAGGGCAGUUCACAGGCACUGGAGCCUGCAGAUAUGGACCCUUUGGAGCCCCACCACCAAGCCAGGCGCCUCCCAGCCAGUCACGCAUGUUUUCAAAUGGACCGUACCUGCCUAACUGUAUGGAAACCCAGUCCGCGAACAGAAGCCAAGGAUACAGCUCUAUGACCUUUGAUGGGACUCCCAGCUAUGGCCACACACCCUCCCAUCACACAACACAGUUCUCAAAUCAUUCUUUUAAACAUGAGGAGCCCCUAAAUCAGCAGACAAAUAUAGGAGACCAGCAAUAUCCGGUGCCCCCUCCAGUUUACAGCUGCCACACCCCCAAUGACAGCUGUGCCGGAAGUCAGGCCUUGCUGCUAAGAAAUCCGUACAACAGUGAUAAUUUAUACCAAAUGGCUUCCCAACUUGAGUGCAUGGGAUGGAAUCCUGUAAGCACUCUAGGCCCCUCAAUAAAAAGCCAUGCGACAGGUUAUGAAAGUGAUCACAACGGUCCGAUGGUGUACAGUUGCAGUACCCAGUACAGAAUACACACACAUGGUGUUUUCAGAGGCAUCCAGGAUGUUCGGAGAGUGCCAGGGGUAACUCCCACUAUUAUGAGGUCAUCUUCAGAAGCCAAUGAAAAGCGACCAUUCAUGUGUGCAUAUCCUGGAUGUAAUAAGAGAUAUUUCAAACUGUCUCAUUUGCAGAUGCACAGCAGGAAACAUACAGGUGAAAAACCGUACCUAUGUGACUUUAAAGACUGUGGUAGAAGAUUUUCACGAUCUGACCAGCUCAAAAGACACCAGCGGAGACACACAGGAGUAAAACCAUUCCAGUGUAAAACCUGUCAGCGAAAAUUCUCUCGAUCUGACCAUCUUAAGACUCACACCAGGACUCAUACAGGUAAAACAAGUGAGAAGCCUUUCAGCUGUCGGUGGCCCAACUGUCAGAAGAAGUUUGCAAGAUCAGAUGAAUUGGUACGACAUCACAAUAUGCACCAGAGAAACAUGACCAAACUUCAACUGUCCCUCUAAAUGUCAUGCAGGACUAUUCCUUUGAACUGGACAAAAUCAUCUUCUGGAAAAACAUUACUUAACAAUGAGUACAUAUUGUUUUAAAAAGUACAUAAACACACUUUCCAAGGCAUUUCACAGGAUGAUAAAACAGGUGUUAUUGUUCAAUUGCUUGUUUUCUUUAUAAACUACCACAAUGUUAAGCAUGACUUUAUAAAGUAAAUUCAUUCUGUCUUGUAAAUGUUAUUGUUAAAUAAAAAACGUGAUUUUUUUUUUAUUCCAAUUUAUUUGUAAGAAAUCGGUGGUGAUGUUGAUGAAAGGAGUUUCUAUUUAUUUAAAUAUUCCUUUCAUGAAUUGGACUCUGUAAAAUAUGAUCCAGAAUGUAUAUUGUAGAGUUUGCCGAGUAUUUAUCUUUCUCCACACAACUUUUGAAGACAGAGUAAAAAUCCUGGAAAAACCAGUGACAGCUCUGUCAAAACGUGUUAAUAGCUUUGCAGUACUAAAGCAAGUGUCAUUGUCACCAUUGUUUUAUGUUUGAUUGCCAUUGUGAGUAUCUGGAAAUCGUUUUCUAUGUAUGACAAUAACAGCCACACUGGCUAUGUGGCUACUUUGUGGUUAUUAACAUUGGUAAAAAAAAAGUGCUGGUUCACGGUUUCCAUUAAUCAUUUUUAUUGUUAAAAUAACUUAAAUAUUCAACUAUAGUAAUGAAGAAUACUUAAAUUCAGAACUCUAAUGUUUUAUUGUUUUUUAGUUCCUUUUGAUAAAUGUUAUUUACUGCUUUUGCUUGGGAUUAUUAUGUAUAUAUCUGACAAAAAAUAUUGUUCUGUCUAAAAAAUAGAUAACAUAAAUGAAUAGAUGUACGACCAGAAUUGUUUGCUGUUGUUGUUCUUCAAAUAUAUGGAUAACACUAAGAAUGUAACUUGUACUUUUUCACAUCCCUCUGAA